UAAAGAUCUCUUAAACUAGACUACAUGGGAAAUGAUGACGUUUUUGGUAUUCCAACGAAAAAGUUUUACAUGGAUACAAUGUUCCUCAGUCCUCGAAUCAUGAAGUCUAACUCGUGCUUUUGUACGGAACCUGUCUACUGUAAAUAUAAUGGAACGAUUCCUUUAGACAAAUGCUUAUUCGGAUUACCGAUAAGUGUUUCCAAGCCACAUUUUUAUGGAGCGGAUUCUAUUUUUCGUGAAUUGGUCAAAGGUUUAACACCGGAUGCUGACAAACACCAGACUUAUUUUCAUAUAAACACUAUGUUAGCUAUGCCUCUUCAAGUCCAAAUUGGUCUUCAAAUCAAUAUGAAUGUCAGAGUCGAUAAAAGAUUCAAAAUUCUUUCUAAAAUGAAAAAUAUGGUGAUGCCAAUUGUCUGGAUUAAUGUUACAGCCGGUAUAAUGGGUACCGGUCUCGAAUGGGUGGUAUAUUUGGGACUAAUGGGACCAAUCUAUUCUGCAAGAGCAGUUGGUAUUGGUGUUACGUGUUUAGGAUUACUAAGGCUAAGUAGAGCUUUUAACUUCCCAUUAAACAAGAAAGAAGAAGUAAGCAGAACGGCCACAACUUCAACGAAGGUGCAUCCAAUCGAUACUAAGUCCAUUAAAUCUACUAAGUCUUCAGAGAAAAAGGAGAAAAGUGCUUUGAAAGGUAAACUUAGUAAAAUUUUAACCAUGCCCAAAUUUAAAAAGACAAAGAAAGAAGAAACGGACGAACAAGAAGCCGCAUCGAGUGAUGGACAAGAGCAAGUUCAAUCAAAUACUGUACAAGAAGGAUAA